CGUAUUAGUGUCUAGUGUGCUAAUAUAAUUCAUAGUGUACUCAGGAAGUUUUAUUAUAUAAGAGGUUAACUUUUGGUUUUUCGUUUUUCCUAAUAAAAUACCUUCCACUUAGGACUUUAUAAUAACGUGGUAAUCGUAAUUUUACGCUGCAUUGGACACAGUGAAAAUGUCUAAAAACGUGUUGGUUGUGGGAAGUGGCGGCAGAGAGCAUGCGAUUGCAUGGAAGCUUUCUCAAAGUGAGAAGGUGAAAAGAAUUUAUGCUGCCCCAGGAAGUCAAGCCAUUCAACAGGUGGAUAAAGUGAAAAAUGUCAACCUAGAUAUUAGAAACUUCAAGGACAUUGUGAAAUUUUGCAAAGAUAGUCAAGUAUCACUGGUAGCAAUAGGCCCUGAAGACCCCUUGGCCACUGGUCUGGCUGAUGCUCUAACAGCUGAAAAGAUCAACACAUUUGGACCAGAGAAAAAUGCAGCACAAAUUGAAAGCAAUAAAGACUGGGCAAAGGCUUUCAUGGACAGACACAAUGUACCAACUGCUAGAUGGAAAUCUUUUAGCAGUCCUCAGGAGGCAAAGAAAUUCAUCAAUAAUGCCCCCUAUGCUGCCUUGGUGGUCAAAGCAAGUGGACUAGCUGCUGGGAAAGGGGUAGUUGUGGCUAAAAUACAAAUGAGGCGUGUGAUGCUAUUGAUGACAUGCUCACUGGCAAGAAAUUUGGAGCUGCUGGUGAUACAGUCGUUGUUGAAGAACUUUUACAAGGAGAAGAAGUCUCUGUGUUGGCGUUUUGUGAUGGAAAUACGGUUGUACCAAUGCUACCAGCACAGGAUCAUAAAAGAAUAUUUGAUAACGACCUUGGCCCAAACACGGGUGGAAUGGGCGCAUAUUGCCCAUGUCCAUUAUUAGACUCAGAACAGCUUAAAUAUGUCCAGAAAGAGGUACUGGAGAGGACUGUCCAGGGAUUUAAAAAGGAAAAUAUUAAGUUUGUAGGUGUAUUAUAUGCUGGUCUCAUGCUGACCAAAGAUGGACCCAAAGUACUAGAAUUCAAUUGUCGAUUUGGCGAUCCUGAGACUGAAGUGAUCCUACCAUUGCUUGCCUCGGACCUUUAUGAUAUUAUGACCGCAUGUUGUGAGGGAACCUUAAGUAGUCAAAGAAUUCAGUGGAAGGAAAAUUUGACAGCUGUUGGUGUUGUUAUCGCUUCCAGGGGUUAUCCAGAGACAUCUAGCAAAGGUUACAGGAAUAGAAAAGUAUCUGCCAUGCAUAAUCAUGUAGUAUUCCACUGUGGCACAGCAUUGAAAGAUGACAACAUAGUAACAAAUGGAGGCAGGGUCUUGAUAGCUGUAGCUCUAGCGCCUGAGCUAGUAAUUGCUGCAGCUAAGGCAACAAAUGCUUGUAAGGUUAUCAAUUUUGACGGUGCUCAAUACAGGAGGGAUAUUGCCCAUAAAGGAAUUGCGAAGUAA